ACAGUCAAAUCUGAUGCAAAAGAGAGAUAGGUAUAUUAUAUGCUUGUCGAUCUGCGUAAAACUUUACUUCAUAAGAAAAAAGCGAUAUGAGUUUACGUAAAAAUAUUCAGUUUUUGGCACAAACUAAGAAUUUAUAUGCUGUGUUGAAUUACUCCACUUCCCCAUCUAUAAAGCCACAAUCACAGCGCAAUGUGGCCGAUGUUGGGAAGUCAUUAUCUUCCAAAGGAUUUUUGCGAUCUCACAAACCAUAUGAGCCAGUUCAGAAUAUUACUGACAAAGUACGCGCAAUAUGUAUCACCCUAAAAAUAUCUACGUCGAACGAAUAUAAGCUAACAAAUUUGGAGGAAAAGUUUAGAUUUUUAGAUGCUUGUUUUAAGGACUUUCAACAUAGUGUCCCAAAUUCGCAAGUACACGAAUUGCAAAGUAUAGGGGAUGUUAUUAAGUUUUACGAAACUCCUGUGAACACCACAAUACCGUAUGAUGCUCUAAAGAAUGCAGACCUUCCAGAAAAUUUACACAUACAGUAUGAAUAUUUACGUUUUCAUCCAGACACCGAUACAAAGUUCAAUGGUCAAACCGCAUUCCCAAAGAGUUCAACUCUUGUCACGGGUUUAAAAUAUCGCGGCAAAUAUGAGGGACAUGAGGCAAAACGUUCCUGGCCAUAAAAAACUGUAGAUUGUUUUAUUAUAUAAAAUGAUGUAAUUUUCCAGUUUUUAUUAUAAAUUUAAUUUAAAUCAAUUUAAAA